CAGAACCCAAAGCACAAUAUGAUGAAUUAUAUAAAAGUAUAGUUAUUUCUAUUAUUGUUAGUUAUUUUAGUUGGGGAUUCAAGUGUUGGAAAGACUAGUUUUUUGAUUAGGUAGAAAUUUAAAUUCAAAUUAGAUUAACAAAAAAUGUUAUAAAAAAAUAAUCAUAACCUACUAUUGGAGUAGAAUAUGCAGCCUAAUCUAUCUUACUUGCAGAUGUGGACAAAAUUGUGAAAUCUGUUAUUUGGGAUACUGCUGGAGCUGAAAAAUACAAAGCAAUUACAACAGCCCAUUAUCGUAAAUCUGAGGGAGCUCUGUUGUUUUAUGAUUUAUGUGAUAAAACUUCAUUUGAUAAUGUUUUAAGUUGGCGUUAAGAAGUAUAAUUUAUUUAUUGAGUUCUAGAUUAUAUAGCAUACAGAUGAUAAAAUUAUGAUUAUGUUAAUAGGGAACAAAUUAGAUUUAUUAUAAGACAAUCCACAAAAUCGAUGUGUUUCUAUAGAAGAAGUAGAACAAAUAUGUUAAUAACAUAAUAUGUUAUAUAAUGAAACUUCAGCAAAAGAGGGAACAAAUGUGAAAGAAUGUUUUGAAUAAUUAAUUAGGAGUAUAUAUAAUGUACAAAAUUGAUAUUUAGAAAUAUAUGAAUUCAAAUAAUAAAAUGUAGAAGAAGAAAUUCCAAGUUAAAGAAUUGAAAUUGAAGAUGAAAAGUCUGAGAAGAAAACAUAAGAAUAACCUCAGCCAAAUAUAUUAACUGUUCCUAUUAAACAGAAUAAAAUACCUUCUGAUAAUUGUUGUGGAACUACUUGA